AUGUCUACUAGUAAUGGAGACAAUAACUCAGAUAGUGAUUCAGAUAUGGAAGAACUUGAAGAAAUGGCACAUCAUAUGCUAAUAUGUAUGAAUAUUUAUGAAUAUUGGCAAUCAUAUGUUGAUAGGACUCCUUGCCAUAAUUCAGUUUUAUCGGGGCAUGAAUAUGUUCAAGAGUUGUUAAAUGGAAAUCCGGAUAGAAUAUAUGACUCAUUUCGCAUGGACAAACAUGUAUUUUUAAGGUUAUGUCAAACCCUUGAGACUUUAGAUCUUUUACACCAUGAUAGACAUGUGGGUAUUCAAGAAGCAGUUGGUAUUUUCUUAUUUAUAGUUUCUCAUAGUAUUCGAAUGCGAGUUGCGGCUGAGCGUUUUCAACGAUCUAAAGACACAAUUCACAGACAAUUUAAGCGUGUGUUGACAGCAUUAUGUGGAUUAUCACCACGUAUUAUACGCCCAAGUAGUAGAGGGGAAACACCGCCCGAAAUCUUGAAUAGCCCAAAGUAUUAUCCUUAUUUUGAGAAGUGUAUUGGUGCAAUUGACGGGACACAUGUUGCUGCUUGGGCACCAGCACAAAAACAAACCUCAUACCGUGGUAGAAAGGUUCUUAUUACUCAAAAUGUUAUGUGCGCAUGCUCUUUCGAUAUGAUGUUCACAUUUGUUUACACCGGAUGGGAAGGGACUGCAAAUGAUUCUAGAGUGUUCACAGAUGCAGUGUUGAGGCCAGAGAAUGAAUUUCCUUUUCCAGAGGAAGGAUAUUACUAUGUUGUGGAUGCUGGGUAUACAAAUAUGCCUGGAUUCUUGGCACCUUACCGAG